CUAUGAAAAAAUAAAAUGGCUGAAUUGCUCGAGCUGUCAAAUCGGGCUUAAAUUUUAAUAAUUUUGAUAUAAGGAAACCGAAGAACUAUUAUCCGCAAGAGUAUCAAGGUGAAAUCAGCAAUGAGCGGUCGUUACGACUACAGCAAAGGGUCGUCUCGAUCCGCGCGUGAUGAUUCUAGGCACGAGAAGCGGCGGGAGCGUGACAGGUCGCGGUCGCCGCGCUCGAGGUCUCCCAGACGCCAACGUUCUCCUGAAGUCAGUCGCAACCGCUACUCUAAAGAACGAUCGAGAGAUCCAGACACCAAUCGUGACAGAAACACAGCUACAAAGCUUGACAAAAUCCCAAAACACACAGAAUGGGAUGAGUCCAGCGAUGAUGAGGUCCCGGCCCCGCCUCCACCACCCAGGAUCAGCAAGAUCAGCAUGGGCUUUGCCAAGCCCGCUGCUCCCAUCAAGAUGAACAUUGGUGCCAAGCCUAGUGUGCAGGCCACGAAGCCAACUAUUGCAUCUGUGUUCAAUGCUGAUGAUGAUGAUGAUGAGCCUGAGGAGAUGCCAGCUGAAGCUAGGAUGAGAAUGAGGAAUAUUGGAAGAGAAACACCAACAUCAGCUGGCCCGAACUCCUUUGGCAAGACCAAGCAGGGCUUCUGCGAUGCCAAGAAGCUGUUCGAAAAGAACCUGAAACAACAACUAGACGAAACAAACGAACGACCAGUCCUACCCAAAUUCCCACAGACUAUCUAUAAGAUUAAACCUACAUGAGUGUGGUCUGUUUAAAAACUGAUCUUUGUGAUUUAUAAUGAUAGUUUUAAAUCGAAGAGCACAAACACUGGAGAAAAUAUUUAUUAUUACAUAUAUCAGUUUCAAGUAUUGUAAACUGAAAUGGAAUAUGAGAUGCUUGAAAUAUAUUUAAAAAUAUUUUAAGCGGGUUACUCAAGUGUUAAGUCGAUGUAACGUUCGACAUGUUUCGAUCCAUUUCCGAGGAUCUUUCUCAAGAGUAGCGGCCUCGCCUUUACAUGUCGA